UGGACUUUGAAUUAGGCCUCUAUUGCUUCAAGUCUGGGCCUAUUUCUUCCUCUUUCUACGCAGUGAGCAACACAAAACAGCAUAAAGUCAUAAGCUACUCGAGCUUCGGCAGUAUGAUAAUGGCUGGAAAAGAAACUGAGUACGACAGUGCUUCGUACUCGAACCUAGUCUCCGAUCAGUCUUUCAAACUCCAAGAUCAGUCGACGCACCCUAGCACCACCGCCAACGCCUCCGCUGGCGGUCUUGAAAUCACCUGCUUUAGCGAGCUCGUCGAUGACGCUACCUUCUCCUUCCAAAUCAUUCGUUUCCCUAAACAGAUAUAUGCAUGGAUCGGUUGCAACUCUACGAAAUUCGGUGACUUGUACGCAGCUGCAUCGACACGAUCUUUAAGAUUAUAACCUUCUAAAUUUAGGGAUUAAUAAUUGAUAAUGAAUACUGGUUAAAUUCUCAUUUGCUUUGACGGAGGAAACAGAGCAACACGGUCGGUGUGACUUCCAUUCUCGGAGGUUCUUCGGAUAACACCGGGUCUGGAAUCGCUAGGCGAUUAGGUAAAUUUCUAUUAAUGUGUUUUGUUUUGUUUCUUUUGAUAAUUGCCAUAAUUACCAUAUGAAAUUGCCAUAAUUACCAAGCAAUAUCAAAGAAAUGUGCAAAACGAAUCCAUAAACAAACCUCAAUAACAGAUGGGAGUUUGAGAUGGUUACAGAAAUCACCAAUCUCAACACAAGUAGGAUUCUCACAUGCUUUGCUCAAGCUGAUCCGCCUCCCUUCAGCUACAGUUUUCUUCGAAUUUAUAUAAACA